UUCCGCUCUGGGAGUAAACAGGUGAAAGGGAAACUCCAACCCGAAGGAUAAGGACUCCCUCUAAUCCACGGAGAUGUUGUCGGUGGAGGCUUUUCUAUGAAUUGUUCUCAACUCCCGCAGCGACCCAAUCCAAAAACAUGGACUCACCACCAGGCUAUCAGCAGCCAAAAGGCUCUGCAGAUCCCUCUGCUGAACUGCCAGAUGUGGAUCCAGAUAAAGAUGAUAACUUACAGAAUGGGGACAAGAACUCUGGCCAACAAACCAAUGAUGAAAGUCGAGAUAACUCAUCAAAUAGAGAGAAAUCAACAGAUGAACCUCCGAGUCGGAGUGUUACUACAGACAAUAGUACAGGAACACCUCCAGAGAAGGAGACUACAGAGAGCUCUACUGAUAACGUAGCAUCAGAUGAAGGGGGUGCGGAUUCAGAUGAAGGCAAAAGCUCUCCAGCUGUGGACAAGAACUCUGGCCAACAAACCAAUGAUGAAAGUCAAGAUAACUCAUCAAAUAGAGAGAAAUCAACAGAUGAACCUCCGAGUCGGAGUGUUACUACAGACAAUAUUACAGGAACACCUCCAGAGAAGGAGACUACAGAGAGCUCUACUGAUGACGUAGCAUCAGGUGAAGGGGAUAAAGAUGGGGACAAGAACUCUGGCCAACAAGGCAAUGAUGAAAGUCGAGAUAACUUGUCAAAUAGAGAGAAAUCAACAGAUGAACCUCCGAGUCGGAGUGUUACUACAGUAAAGUCAGAAGAAGCCGAAAGGGACAAGACAAACGAUUACCAAGCCGAUGACAAACAACAAGGUUAUUCCAAAGGAGAUCCAUCAGAAAAUAAGAAAACCGUCGACACAACACCUGACAAAUGUGCCAAUCAAAGAGGCAUGAAACUAUUGGUAGGAGUGGCUAUAGUGGCACUUGUUGCCAUCGUGGCACAGUAUUACCUCCAAUCUGAAUCUCAACCUCAGAAGACUGAUUGGCAACAGGUAGAUGUCUUCCUCAAGCAGAUGAAAAAAGUAAAAGAGAGGUUUCCCAAUCAGCGUGCCGAGCUCUGGAGCAGGAGUGAAAUCCACCUGAAGAGGCACCUCCAGACGAGCCAACCCGCGGAGCCCGUCAGCCUGAUCCUGACAUCAGGCGUCAGAGCCGAGAGGACCAUGCGCUGCCUAGCUCAGGGUGUGGCCUCCGCCUUCUCCACCGCCCGCAACGCUUCCAUCCUCCACAUUGACGGAGCGGGCAAAGCCGGCCAAGACAGCGACCAGGUCAAACUGGACAUUGACAGAAAGCUGCAAGGAGCGUUCGAGGGAGACAAGCCCGUAGCGGUGAUUCACCGCCUGGAAGAGCUGCCUCCAGGCUCCACGCUCAUCUUCUACCGCUACUGCGAUCAUGAGAACGCCGCCUACAAGAAGACUUUUCUGAUCUUCACAGUGCUGCUGGGUGACGAAGAGGAGAUCCCGGCCGAGAUGCGCUUGAGCAUCGUGGAGGAGAUGGUGGACGACUACCUGCAGAAGAAGUUUCUGUCUCACGGUCACCCGGUAUCUUUCGACAGGAUGGAUGUCAACAAGUACGGUGGACUGUGGAGCCGUAUUUCCCACCUCAUCCUGCCGGUGGCGGCGGAGGACAGAAUAGAGCAUGAAGGAUGCUAGAGGACUCAACUCUGUUCUGAGUUUGGGGUCUGAGCACUGGAGUAGCACACAGCUUUAACACCUCUUACUUGGGUAUUUAUUCUGGUACUCUUUACUGUGGUUUUAAACACCCAAAUAUCUUAUUUGAAAGUGGGACAUCUGUAAGAAUUUAAUUCAUUAUGAAGAAGUCUUUGACAAAAAGGCUUGUGCACUUUAUUCUUUUAAUCCUUUGUUGAAUUCAUAAGUGGGAUGGGAAAUGUUAUUUGGAUGUUGGAGUGGCGGGAUUUUUAACUGUUGCAUUUUAAACACACUCAAAAUAAAUCAUAUUCACACAACUUUCACAUAAUAGAGCUGGCAUCACAACAUAAGGUUUAUAAUUCAAUGUGCCUUAAAGUAGGCCUCUGAUUUUCUUUUUGUCAACCAUGUUUCGAAUAGAAAGGGAUGAGUUAAAUGUGCCUUAAAAUAUAAAUAAACACUUAUUUUAAUUUAAA